AUGUUUCAGCGAACAGCCGCUGACCUCCUUGAUAAAAUAGGUACGAUUGUCCCUGUAGCGCCUGGGCUAUUCCGAAGCAAAUGGCUCCCACGUCAAAUCGCCCAGUACGCUACUACCCAGUGCAGCGAGCUCAAGCCUCGCGAUGUUGUGGCGGAGCGCGAUUUUGGCUUUCAGAAAGAAGUUGUGGUCGAAGCCGUCAAAAAGCAAGCCCAAAAGAUUGCUAUUCCUAAACCACCGCCUAUUGACCCGCAACGAGCUACAGAGAUUCUCUCCGCCUUCCUCCCACCCCAGCUUGUAUUCCAUCGCGCGCCGAUAAAAGCACCCUCAAGUCCCUCAUCACCACUUUCGAUCAAUGCCCCUAAAGCGUCUGCUUCCGAGCCACAAACAAGCGAAUCAUCCGAGACAGCAGUCAGCCCUGCUUCUGGGGUGGCUUCGCAGUCGCCCAUAAAACCAGCUCUGCAGCCGAUCUUCGGCUCUGUCUCCCCGGGCGACGUAGCACAAUCUGUCAAGGCAUUACUCAUAGAGCAUGAAGAGGGCAAAAAGAUUAUUCUAGGGGCUGAGAAUGUCGAGAUAUUACCAGCGAAGGGAGGAGGCGGUGUGGAAGUGGACAGGGUGAAAGCCAUCGGGGAAUUCGAGGUCGUAAUUUCUGUCAAAGGUGGUGACAUGAUCAAGAGAGUACUCAGUGUGAAGGCCAUGGAAAGAGUCGGAGAGGGAGGGUUCUUGGGCUCGAGCUAG